GUCAGUCAACAACUACACACACACACACACACAAACACAUAUAUAUGCAUACGGUACGGUAGUAAAAACGAAGUAAAAAGAGCGUAGCAGUGCUAAAGGGGGAAACAGAAAGAGCGAGAGGCAGUAGUUGUGCACAAACGUCCACGUAAACUUUUAACGCCGAGUGUAAUAUUUAUUAUUGUUGUUCUUGUUAGAUUAUGACAAAGAGCAUACAAUAAUAAAGCGUACAACUAAAAAGCUACAAGAAGCAACGGUAUAUAGCAAAAUUAAAAAAAAAAAGCAGCGCAUAACAAAUUGGCAACUAUUUUUCUAUCAAGCACAUGUGCAUGUGUUUGUAACCAAGCUCACGCUCCUCUGGCAAACAUGUCUUGGUUAAAGCAUCGAGCCAAGCAGCAACAGCAAGAUAUGCAAGAUCUUAAAACAAGUGCACAGUUUACGCACUGCAACAUGUUGCACAACAAUGCCAAUUGGCCGCAGCAGCAUCAUGUGCCGCAACAACAGGACCAUGCCCAGCAGCAGCAGCAGCAACUACAAUAUCAUCAACAACAGCAGCAGCAGCAGCCGCCGCCGCCAAUGCAGCAAUAUGCAGCACAGCCACAAUUGCUGCAAGCUACGCAACAUCACCAACAACCACCAUCACAGCCUAUGACAAUGCCACAGCAACUUUUGCAGCAGCAACCACAGCAAGCGCAGCAGUCUCAGUAUAUAGGAUUUAACGAUUAUUUUGCGCCAAAGGCGCCAACAUUGCCGCAACAGCAACACCAGCAGCAGCAGCAGCAGCAUGUCUAUGGACAACCUAUGGAGCAGUCGUACUAUCAGCCGCAGACGCUGCAACCAGCAGCAGAACCAGAUGUAUUCGAUAACAACAAUAGUGCUGCUAAAAAUGAUGGCUGGGAUGAUUGGGGCAAUGACUGGAAUGAGAACAACAACAACAACAACAAUAGCAACAACUUGAGCAAUAGUCUCUACAAUAAUGAGCCAGCACUGCCUGCACCCAGCAUUGUAGAUGAUGCAUUCAGUGUGCAGUCCAGCAGCAAUUGGCAUGCCUUUAGCCAAAGCAACAAUAACAACGUUAACAACAACUUGGAGAGUGUUGCUAGAAAGCCUUUGGAGCUGCCACCGCUGCUGUCACCAGCCAUGGAACAGGUGCCUGUCGAGCCAGAAGUAGAACUGAAUGCUAUAGUGCCACCUAUGGCAUUUCAAAAUCAACCAGCACCACCAGCAGCAGCAGCUGCAGUUGCAAUGCCAGCAGCAAUUGGAGUGCCGCCACCAGCAGCAGUUGCAAUGCUAACGCCACCAGCUGCAUCACCAACAACAGUUGCAGCUCCUCCGCCAUCAGUAGCAGCAACAGUUGCCAUGCCACCAACAACUUUAAUUCCUGGCACAGCUGCUGCUAAUCCUUAUAAGCGUGCGGGACCCAGCAAGCGUGUUAAUAUUUUGUCACACGCGCCAGCAGCUGCUACUAUUAUUCCAACAGCAAUACCCGCAGCAGCAGCAGCAGCAGCAACCGCACCAGCUAUGAUGCCGCUUAGCUUGCUGCAGCCCAACUCGGAUCAGCUGUAUGAGAACAGGGAAGUGCUGCUAGCUGCGCCCAAUGAUGAGCGUGCGCAGUAUUUGCAGACCAGUCAUCUUUCCGAUCAGCCCGAGGACAUUAGUGAGGGCAACUGGGAGGCGGAUAGCUUAUUGCCACCGCCGGGCUUAUCGCGCCUUGUGCUGGGCCAACCAGAGCUGCUGGAACAGCAGCGUCUGGUGACGGGCACAGAGCAUGCGCCGAGCAGCAGUAGCAGCAGCAGCAGCGGCGGCGGCAACAGCAACAACAUGAGCAAUACGCUGCAUAUGGCAGAGCGUCAAGCUGAUGGCGAGGAUACCUCGGAGGGUGAGCAGCAGCAGCAGCAGCAGCAGCAGCAACAGCAGCAACAUUCACAGCAGCUGCAGCAGCAGCAGCAGCAGGAACAGCUACAUUAUCUGCAGCAUCAACAACAGCUGCCGUCAGUGUUGCAGCAGCAACAGCCACGUUUGCUGCAAGAGCCACGUGAAGUUGUGUUGGAUGGUGAAAAUUUAGAGGAUCAGCGACCAAAUGUAGCACCACUAGCCAUGCAAAUGCCAACAGCAGUAGCUGCUGCAGCAAUAGAUCUGGAACCAGAAUUACAACAACAGCAGCAACAACAUCACCACAGCAACAAUAGCCAUGCGGGUGGCAUCAUCGAGUUGACUGCCAGCCCACACAUGCGUCCACGUCCCAGUGCCUCGCUGGACAUGGAAUCGGAUGUGGAAAGCGAGGAGGAGCUGCAUUUGGGCGAUUCCCGCAAAUCACACGGACGACGCUCCUACAACAACAGCAGCAACAACAACUAUGAAUGCGAAACGGAGGAUUCGGUGCGUGCUGCUGCUGUCGCCUCGAGCUCUGCAGCUGGCACUGCUGCUGCUGGAGCUAAUUCAACGCUCAAUGAUAGUCACAAUAGCAGCGUCAAGUCUCAACGCAACGAGAGCAAGCGACGUCAGGAGAGUCAACGCACGCGUGACGGCGAUCGCAGUCGUAGCGAACGAGAGCGAGAGCGGGACCGCGACCGGGAACGUGAGCGCGAGCGCCACAGAAAUUCAAACUCAAUGUGGGAGCAGCACUCGCGCCGCUCGCGUUACAGCAACAAUAACAGUCAAAGUCAAUAUGAUGGCGAGUCCGAUGGCGGCGAUCAAGCCUCGGCACAGGCGGCAAGCGAUGGUGGCGGCGGCGGCGGCGGACGCAGCAGCAAAACGCGACGAGAUCGCCGCAGCGCUGGUGCAGUAGAGGAUGACUAUGAGGAUUAUGAGCAGCAGCCGCCGCCACGCAGCAGUAGCCACUAUCAGCCUGGUGUGCGUCGCGACAAACAGCGCAGCAGCCAGCGUCGACGUGGCGAUGCUGAGCGCUCACGUCGCCAUUGGGAUGGGCCACGCGACUACGAGGAAUAUCGCGGCAAGAGCUCGCGCAACAGCGAUUUGGAAAAGGAGCGCAUUGGUGCUAGCACUGGCGGCAGCAGCAAGCGUCGCAACUAUGAUGCCUAUGGGAAUCCUGGUGCAGCCUACGAUCCUUACAGCAUGUACGAGCAGAUGAGUCGCAAUCCCCAGGCCUAUGCGGAUAUGUAUGCCAAGUUCUAUGGCCAAAUGAUGAACUCCAUGACGGCGGCUGUGAAUGCUGCAGCGGUCAAAGCGGCUGUCGCCUCCAAAGCCUUGCCGCAGAAUCAGCUCAACUUGAUGGCGCCAGCAAUGGGUGCAGCGGAUGCAGCGCAGCUAAGCGAAGUCGCUUUGCAGCGCGAGCGUGAGCGAGCUGCUGCUGCUGCAAGCAACUUUGGCGCAACGCAGGCAGCUGACUCAAGUGGAAUAACGACAGCGAUAACCACUACGAAUGCCGCACGGCCGGAGCGUCGACGCACUCCAUUGCUAUUCAAUCGCCCGCAUGUGGUGGCUUCUUACUCGAUGAGCUUGCUGCUGCGCGUGCGUCCGCGUUAUGCGGGCCGUGGGCGUAUACGCAAUGAAGUGGAUGUGGCGGCGCCGCGUAUAAAGGAUGCCAGCAGCAGUCUGUUGCGUGCGUAUCCGGGACCGUUGCAGGGACGCAAGCUGCACAAGGAUAAGAUCAUAAGCUUCUGCAAGGAGAAAAUACGUUUGGGACCGUCCAGCGCCUGCAGCACGCUCUACGCCACGCAGAAGCAGCCGCAGGGCCACACGAGUGUUGACAAAUAUCGCGCCUCGCAUGCGCUCAUGUGGGAUCUGCUUAUACUGCUGUUGCGUCAGAAUGGAGUUAUUGCGGACACAGACGUUGGCGAUUUGCUGCUGGAGAAUCAACGCGAGUAUCCUUAUGCACCUGAAGCAGAUGCUGAUGCUGAUGCAGACUCUGGCGAUGUGCCAGAUGUUGAUGCUGCUGAUGCUGAUGCUGAUGCUGCGGACAACAAUAAUGCGGCUGCUGCAUCAGUUGCUGCCGCUGCUGUCGACGAGCAGCUGCCGGCGCCCAUGUCGGAGCAAGCAGCAACGGAUCAAUUUCGCAGCUAUGUGCUGCGUGGCAAUGUGGAGGAGGCGCUGCAGUUUGCCACCGAUCAUAACCUAUGGACGCAUGCCUUCUUUUUGGCCUUGUACGAGGAUCGUUAUGCAUUGACCGAUGUGGCGCACAAGUUUCUCAAUCGCGCCAUCAAGCCAAACGAUCCGCUGCAGACGCUCUACCAGAUGAAGAGCUGCAAUACGCCCGCCUGCGUUAGUCAGCUGCGCGAUGAGCAGUGGGGCGAUUGGCGUUCGCAUUUAUCCAUACUGGUGACCAACAAGUCGCGCCAGCCGGAAUACGAUCGCAGCUCAGUUGUGGCCUUGGGUGAUACGCUGUUCCUGCGUGGCGACAUCUAUGCAGCGCAUUUCUGUUAUCUGGUGGCGCAGGAGGAGUUCGGACGCUAUGAUAGCGCGGCCACUGAGCUCACGACGCUCAAUGGCAAUGUGCCAAGACUCAUCUUGCUGGGCGCCUCGCACUACAAGCCGUUCAAUGAGUUUGCCAGCAAUGAGGCGAUUAUAAUGACAGAGAUCUAUGAAUAUGCGCGCUCGUUAUACGACAACAAGUUCACCAUUGCCAACUUUCAACACUACAAGUUCUUGCUGGCCACGCGCAUUCUGGACUAUGGGCAACAUUUCCGUUGCACCAACUAUUUGGAGCAGAUUGCCAAGCACAUAGAUCUAAAGCCGCAAAGCUAUGACAUCGAUUUUAUCAAUCGCGUGUGCAAUUUGGCUGAACGCUUGCGCUAUCAUGAUCCUAUAUUGAUAAAUCGUGUAUCCUUUGCCAGUCCACCAGCUGGCAGCAAUUUGAUUGCCGAUGCAGCAGCAGCAGCAACAACAGCAGCAGCACCAGCAACGACAACUGGCGCUGAGGAGAAAGCUUGGCUACGUCAGCUGCGCAGCUUGACCGCACAGCAGCCACAGCAACAUACACAACAACAACAACAACAGCAGCAGCCACAGCAGCAGCAGCUGCAAAGCGAAAUUGAUCAGCAGUUUGUCGAUUUAAAUAAACAAAUGAAUGCGCUUAAUAUGCAAUAUGCAGAGCAAGAGACGCAGCAGCAGCAGCCGCCGCCACAACAGCAACAGCUACAACACGAGCAGCAGCAGCAGCAGCAACUACAGCACGAGGAUAUUGCAGCGUAUGAGCAAUCAAACGAUCUUGGCUAUAAUACGCCAGCUGCAUACGCCCAACAGCAGCAGCAGCAGCAACAACAGCAGCAUGCAGAUUAUAACGAUGCGAGCUUAAUGCAGCCGCCAGCGCAUGAGCAAGCCAACGAUCCCUAUGCGCUUGCUUACCAACAGCAGCAGCAGCAGCAGCAGCAGCAACUCUAUGAACAGCAGCAAGCCAGCAUGUAUGCGCCUGUGGAGCACGCAAGUGAAGCCUUCGAGCCACAGAGCAAUGCUGCUGCUGCUGCAGCAGGACAAUUACCCUUGGGCUAUGAGAACUGGCACAACAACAGUGGACAGCAGUCGUAUGGCGAUGAGCUGGCCGAAAUGGUAAGCCAUGAAUUGCCUGCGGCUGAAUUGCCGACGCCGCCGCCGCCACCGCCAGCAACAACAACAACAACUUUUGAUAAUCAAAGCAAUCAUAACAAUCGCUUUAAAAACAUUGACCUGAAGCUGUGCGCUGUUGGCCAAGCUAAAGACAAACGUAAACUGCUGGCGCACAAAUUGGAAGCAAGCCUUACAGACACCACAACAACUGAAACAACAACAACAAUAGCAGCAGCAGCAGCAGCAGCGGAUAUAGCAGAAACAGCAACAGCAGCAGCAGCAGCAGCGUUUACAAGCACAAAGGCAUUUAAUCUAAAUGAUCAGCAGCAAGUGCGUCCUACCAUAUCCAUGCCCAAAUCGAAAAGCUAUGAUGAUGAUGACAACAACAGCGCAGCUGCUGCUGGCGCCGCUGCUGCCAGCAACAACAACAACAAGCAGCAGCAGCAACAGGGCCUACAAGCCGCUGGCUUGCCUGGCUCGCAGUCUAAUCAAAACGCUGGCUGGUUUGGUGGGCUAUGGAAUAAGUUCUCUUUGAAGCCCAAGAAUCAAAUGAUCUUGCCUGAUGAUAAGAAUCCAACAAUUGUUUGGGAUAAGGAACGCAAAUGCUGGACCAACACUGAGGGCAAUGCUGAAGAUGCGGAAACCUUUAAGCCGCCACCAAAGAUGAGCGAUAUGGCAAUGCCAGGAGCAGCAGCAGCAGCGCCGCCGCCGCCAUUUUUAAAUACGCUGGGCAACAUACCAACACCCAAUUUGCAGUUGCAGCAGCAGCAGCAGCAGCAACAACAACAACAAGAGUUGCCAAAUGUUAAUCUUUAUGAUAAUAAGGUUGACUACGAUUAUGCCAACUAUGCAGAGCAGCAGCAGCAGCAACCACAGCAACUACCACCACCACAACAACAGCAGCCACAGCAGCCGCAGCAGCAGCAGCAACAGCAGCAGCCUUUGCCAGCAGCAGACGCACAGCCCAAGCUGCAAUCCAACAUGUUCAAACUUAAACGCAAUCGCACGUUAAAGAACUCUUAUGUGGAUGUGUUCAAUCCCUCAGGUGCGCCCAUGUCGGCACCGCCACAAACUGUGCUGGCGCCCAUGAUGGCACCACUAACUGUGCCGCAGGGCGGUUACUUUGUGCCUGGUGCCAUGCCCAUGCAGCAGGAGCAACAACAGCAGCCGCCGUCGCAAUAGGCAGCAAGGAAUCAAUCGGAGCUAUACGUAAGGAAAACAAAUCACAAGCGGCGCGCAAAACACAAACCAUACACAAAAAUACGAUACACAAGACCAACAAGGCAGCAAUAACAACAACAACAAGAACAAGAACAACAACUACAACAGCAACAACAUGAAGUAGCACAUGGAAGCUCUAGCAACAACAACAACAACAAAAACUCACUGCAUGCUGCGCCUUAAUGAAUUAAAACCAUGUCUUAAGCUUAAACUUAUAUUCCGUGCUAUCGCUGUCUCUCUCUUAUGAUAAAUUUACUGUCUAUCUCGCUCUUUGCCACGUUGUCUUUUCGAAUUUCGUUCGUGUAUACGUCAUUGUAACUGUUAAUUGUGCGCGUUUAGCAAAUAUUAAUAACAAAUUUAUGUACGCUUAGCAAAAUAUAUAUAUAUAUAUACCUACAUGAAUGUAAAUCAAGUUUGUUUAUCAGAUACAUUAUUGUAUUUAUAUACUUCUUCUUCGUGUGUAU